AUGCAAGAUCUAAAUAGAGGGGGUACCCUCUUUCCGAGCACAUCGCAAACGUCCGUGCUGAAAGACAUGGAUCUGGUGAACUGGCUGGAAAAGAAGCUCAGUGACGCUGGAGUUUGGUCAGGGCGCAUGACUGCUUCUAUGUUAUCCAGAGAAAUGCUUGAAGAGUUAGAAACUUGCUUUCAAGCUAUUGAUGUCCAAACGAAGCUUAAAAUCAUUUCUUGCAUUCCUCACAUGAAUCCACGAAAACUGAGCAUGGUUCACGCUGCUCUGCUUACAUUACUCGAUUUAGCUAGUAAAGAUGCUGAUGAUUGGGUUGAAACAAUUGCGGACAUGUACAGGGAUAUGCCUUCAACUGGAGUGAUCAUACCUGUCUGUACUAACAAAGACUCCCAUUUUGCGAAGACUCUAGAUGAUCUGACAAAAUGCUUCCAAGGGCAUCUUGAAAAUGGCGAUCUGAAAUUAACGCCUGAAGGACACAAUAUCGUCAGUAACUCAGUUAACAAGACUAGCUUCGGUCCUUCUCCGGAAAUGCAAAAAUCUUUUAUUCUUCGCAAGAAGCCGAAGUCCUUUAACCUCAUGAACGAUAUGAUGAAGCGUGAGUUUGCCCUUCAUUUUUUAUUAGCUGGGUUUCUUUUUUGUUUACCUCGCUGA